UUAGCUAUCCAUCACAUGGCUCCUGAGAACGGAGGCUCAGGUUUCUUUCCUCCACAUGAACAGAUGAGCUGCGUGUUGGGGAGGUCUGAUUCAUUUCUCAAUGGAAAGCAACAUCCCUAUUAAGCUUUUACUUCUCUUUUUCUUUGUAGGAUUUUCAGCAUCUGUGGACCAGUUGUUUGGGAGGAUGGAGAGGAGUUUCUUUUCCUUCUCUGACCAAGACCUCCUCCAAAGAAAUGGCCGACGAUAUGAUGGCAGUGUGAAGCCAAAACUUAAUUUACAACAAGUAGCAAUUACACAGGUUGUGAAUUACAGUAUGAGCAGCAAGGAGAUUUCGGAGAGAGAGUCGGUCAUUCACAGCCACUACAACCCUCUCAAUGUGACGGUCAAUGGAAGUCCCUGUAUUCUGUUUUGGGCCAGAAGAAUUAUGAUUAAGUUUCAGAAUCACACUCAGCUGGACCUAACAGAUAGAACAUUUGGGAUUCAUGCAACUGUAGAUGUUGCUGAUUCAAACUGCAGUGAAGAAAAUGCAAUGCUUUCACUAAAUUUUGGUGACAUCGACCAUUUAAAGGGAUUUAUUAUCAGAUUCAUACUGACAAACAGUUAUUACAAACUCUCUAUCCAGAACUGGUUUACCUUGCAUCAAAUCCAGCUUAUUUACAACCACUCUGUACAAGCAACAUUCAACGCAACACGAAUUCAUGCACCAGCCAUUUAUUCUUAUCACUGUGAACACGUUAGCAACUUGCAGAGAUAUGAUGCACUCCUAACGCCCAGUUCUGCCAAUGAUGCAGCCAAGCUCUGGGAAGUUACUUUUAUUGACUUUCAGAUUCAAGGAUUUAACAUAGAAGAUGGGCAAUUUGCUUAUGCGAAAGACUGUGCCUCCCUCUUCCCACCAGCAAUCCUGAUGGGCCUGGUGAUGUCCCUGAUCUUGCUUCUAGUCCUGGCCUAUGCUCUCCAUAUGCUGAUACACUUGAAGUCCCUUGAUAGGCAUUAUGAAUGCAAGGCUUCUCCUGCUUAUUUCCCACAGAUGAAAGAUAUCGACACAGUGGAUGAAAAAGAACCCCUGAGAAAUAAUGGGAUUGAAGCCUAUGAACUUAGAAGCCAACAGUAUUCCAAAAUCUACAUUUAGCUAUAGUCUCUGUUUUUCCAUGGUUUAGGCAAACAAACUGCUGCUGAGGGACUUCUGCAUCCUGUGAACUCAUAGAGUAUCUCAACUUUUAUUCAAUUUUUUAAAAGUUCUGCUCCCUGUCACUAUGAGAGAAAUGCGGAAUUGCUACAUCUGUGUGUCCUAAUUUCUCAGAGACCCGAAAGAAAUCUGAAGAGCAUCAUUCCUAGCCAACAUUAAAGGCAAGAGCAGGUGAUUGCCUCGUGACCAUGAAUGCUUCAGAUGGAUAAAACUGUGUGAUGCAGAAUGUUAAUCUAAUGAGAUAGAUCCACCAAAAUUCAAAAACUGCCCAAACCCCUUCCAAAAUGAAAAUAAACUGCCACAACCAAAGAUGUGCAACAAAAGUGAAAUUUGGGUUUAAUGUUGUUCACCGAAAUAUGUGCUCUCUUUUUGUAAUUAUAUUGAAAGACUGAACUACAGUUGGUGCUUAAGGCUAAUUGUGCUGCAUACUUAGAAAGACUGAUAAAGUUAGAGAUUUUUUUCCUCUGCUGUUGAAAAACCACCAGUCACUGGACAGAAUGAACUAGUUCUACUUGAUCCCUUUCUGUGGCAUAAAGUGACACUUGAAAUCCCUUAUGCUUGUUGCUGAUCAGCUGCAAGGUGACGCGUGAACAUCUCUGUCAUUGUAUCUGUUUGCAUGGCAGAAGUGCAAUCUGUUGGCCAAAACAGCAACUGGUGUACGUCUUAAGAUAUUAUGCAAAUUGUGUCAGUUAACAUCAUAAGUUAUGCAGAUUUGCUGUGGAUCUCUUUAUCUCGUAAUGCUUUUCUAAGGGUGCCCUCAGCUCUGAGCAAAUUUCUCACUUCUGCUGUAUUUCAAUGAAAUCAUGAGCGCUUUCUUUUUGAUGUUCAAUUCUUCUAAUAUUUAGCUAAAUGUUUUUUACUACACAACUUCUCUGAUAAAUGAUCAAAGGACA